GCUUACCCAUCCGAAAGCAACCGCCUCGAGACGGGCAGGCAGUUGAAAAUUUCUGGCGCUCUCCGUCGGUCAGUCCGCUUUUUGCAUUUCAACAAACCGCUCCGGUUUUCCUCUCCCUGGCAACGAGACCGAGAAAAUAUUCCCAAGCAAGCAAGAAACUUUCACCGGAUAAAAGCAAAAAGCGACAGCUGCCGGCUACACACACAGAGAGAGAAAGAUCAUCAUCAAGAAAAGAGGAAUAGACGGGGAGGAAAAGUUUGCGCUCAUUCGCAAAUUCCAUCAUAUUUAAUUAGAAAAAAAAAACCCAAAUAAACCAACAAAUACACAAUGGCCGAGGGUGAUAUGCCAACGUUCAAGUGCGUCCUGGUAGGCGAUGGCGGUACCGGAAAGACGACCUUCGUCAAGCGGCACAUGACCGGCGAGUUCGAGAAGAAGUACGUGGCCACACUGGGCGUGGAGGUCCAUCCCCUCGUGUUCCACACCAACCGAGGCGCGAUACGCUUCAACGUGUGGGACACGGCCGGACAGGAAAAGUUCGGUGGCCUCCGGGAUGGCUAUUACAUUCAGGGUCAGUGCGCCAUCAUCAUGUUCGACGUGACGUCCCGUGUUACCUACAAGAACGUACCCAACUGGCAUCGGGAUUUGGUGCGGGUGUGCGAAAAUAUCCCAAUCGUCCUGUGCGGCAAUAAGGUCGACAUCAAGGACCGUAAAGUGAAAGCCAAGGCCAUCGUGUUCCACCGGAAGAAGAAUCUUCAGUACUACGACAUUUCGGCCAAAUCAAAUUACAACUUCGAAAAACCGUUCCUGUGGCUGGCCCGCAAACUGGUCGGUGAUCCCAACCUGGAGUUCGUCGCCAUGCCCGCCCUGCUCCCGCCAGAGGUUAAGAUGGACAAGGACUGGCAACAACAGAUCGAAAAGGAUCUGCAGGAGGCGCAGGACACGGCACUUCCGGAUGAGGACGAAGACCUGUAAAACGUCGGAAGGGAGCCGCUGCCUGUUGUAAACCGUUGAGCCUACCACUAGUAGCUUUUAGCUUCCCCGAUCGACCAACCGCGACCAGUCGAUUGAUGUUAAUGAUGUGCUACUCGAGGCGUGUGCGUGCGGUGCUGAUUGUUGGUUUGUGAUUGGCGGUUCGCGAAAAUAUUUUUGUGCAGUCCCGGUUGACUGCGGGAAUUGAAGUAAAGUAUAGAAUAGAAAAAAAAAAAAUCGUCACUCAGAACAGUAGCACUACUUAUUUUACGUUAAAAAAAGGGAAAAUAAAACAAAACCUAAUUAGGUCCGGGAAGCCGUUUUGUGAGAUUUAGAACAUAAGACAGACAACAAAACACACAACAUUCACGAAUGGUAGCCAUACAUAACUACUACUACUAGAAGGAAGCCUUGCUCACCUACAGCAGAGAUGCAGACAAGUAAUAGGCGCGCAUAUUAAUAGUUGUAGAGGACUUAAAUGAUCCUUCAUACAAAAUUUUGAGUUUUUGUUUCCCUCCGUUCGUUUUCCAACAAACAAAAUAUAUCAUCUGUCAAGGACAAUUCACGUCAUCCAAAUACAGACACAAUUCGGGUACCUUUUUCUUUUCCUCGUUUCCCUUAUCGUAAAACGUAAGCUUGACAAAAAUUUCGAUUUUUGUAUAAUUUAUGCUAGUAAGAUUGUUGUAACAGGUACACUAUAGAAAUGUAGAAACUCUCUCACCCAAUGAAAUUUAUUCUGUUUUUGUGAGCAAUGAUUGAGAGAAUCUAGAGGAGAGGUGCUCCUUUAUACACCCUCCUCCUGAUACAUACACAUAGUAAUAACCAAAACAGCUAAAAACAAUAAACAAAAUAUAUCCCGUUUAGGUUCGGAACAAAUGUUGUAAUAUUUCGUUGAAAAAUCAAGAUCGGUAUGCCAAAUCAUUUCCUGUCUUUGUGUUUCUACUUUUUCCUUUUAUUUUUUUUUAUUUUAUGCAUGUUUUUUGCGAAACCCAAGCAAGGCCUCGAUAAAACAAUUAUUUUUGUAGCCACAGCACCGCUUUAGCGGUUAUCUGAGUUAAAAAGUCUUUCAGCAUCAAAUUCGAAAGCUGCUACCUUUUCACUACAUAUUAUAGGAAUGAUCGUUCUUUUUUUUUUUUUGUUUGCUUAGUUAAACUUCUGCAAAGAGAUAAUUAAUUCAUGUAUGCGCUACUUCUGGAAGAGAACAAAAGAUAAACAAACAAUGAGUGUAGGUAGGAGGACGGACGCGGUAUGAUUGAGUCUGAAUAAAAUACAAUUCUUUUAAAAUUUGCAA